AUGUUACCGGUGUACUUUAUCUCUCACGGUGGUCCGACUUUUGCAAUUCGUGGACAUUCCGGCUCUGAAGUUGGGGCCUGGGAUACCGUGCGCAAACUGGGUCCGGAAAUUUUGAGUUUAAACCCAGAUUACAUCAUAUGUGUCUCGGCUCAUUGGAGAUCGUCAAAUAAGAUUCUCGUUUCCAGUUUUGAUGGCGAGAACCCGUUGGUUUACGACUUUUACAAUUUCCCGCGCGAACUGUAUGAGACCAAAUUCCACACGAAUGGCAGCAAGUCCAUUGCCGCGAACAUUGUCUCCUUGCUACAGAAACACGGCAUAGAUGCUGCCUCUGAAUCCCGCGGAUUGGACCACGGUGUCUGGACUCCACUCAGAGUGGCGUUCGGAAACCCGCACGUCCAGGACACCGGAAACCUCGAUUUGGCUGUUCCGCUGAUACAGGUGUCGCUGCCCCAAUCAGACAAAAUGGUUGACAGUUACAAGCUUGGCGAGGCCUUGGCCAGUCUGCGGUCCCAAAAUGUGGCCAUCAUCUGCUCAGGAAUGUCCGUGCACAAUCUUAAAGAGCUCAAGCAGGCAAUGAGUCAGGAAAUCAAGGUCGCUCCAUACGUGGAGCCUUUCAACUCGUGGCUGACAGACUCUUUAACGAAUCAUUAUGGUUUGGAAGCCUUGCAAAAGGCAGAGACAGAUCCCGAGCUGCAAAAACUUUAUUUAAAAGCACACCCAACUCCAGAACACUUCCAUCCUGUUGUGGUCGCAGUCGGUGCUGCCAAAGACGGAAAAGCUGAGGUGUUACACACAGCAGGCUCCAUAACUUUGGGCUGGAACAUUUACAGAUUUUCUUAG